UAGUUGAGAAACAUGCAAACACACAGGCAACAGCAAACAGGAAAGCCAGCUACCAAACUUCCUAGCAGUGCUUGUAUGGCAAAAAUAGAGAGAAAACCUGUGUCUUUAUUUUGCUAUAAAUGAAAAGAUGAAUAAGUGUGCACGUAUAUUGCGCAUGUGUGUGUAUUUGUCUCUGGUGCUGUUGUUGGGUUUUAGUCUCUGGGAACCUGUGGAUGGAAGACGAACUCGAUACAAGCCAAAACCAAAACCAAAACCAGAUAAAAAGCCCGUUGAGGAGAUCGCUCCAGCUCAGAACGUUGAUAUCAAUAAGAUGAAUGGACAGUGGUACCUGCUAAGUGUGGCGUCGAGAUGUAAGUACCUUUUAGAGCAUGGCUAUAAGGUGGAGGGCACCAUCAUAACUCUGACUGCAACCGACUCACUCAAAGCACCAAUCCAAGUGAGCACCUUCACCAAACUAAAUUAUCAGUGUUGGGAGAUCAAACAGCAGUACGAGACCACGAAGAGUCUGGGCCGAUUCCUACUGAGAGCAAAGAUGCCAGUGAAGAACACUGAGGUCCUCAUUGUAGAGACAGACUACAACUCUUAUGCCAUUUUACUCUAUAAGAAAAUGAUCAACCUCACCUUGAAACUCUACGGCCGCUCCCCAGAGAUCGCUGAAGACAUUGUGGAUAAAUUUGAGGACAUUGCAAAGAAACAAAAUCUGGGCUUGGAUGUUAUUUUCCAGUUUCCUAAUUACGGGUUUUGUCAGUCUGCAGACAGUGAGCACACACUUGUAAUGACCUGAGCAGAUCUGUCUUUGUGAGAGACGUCUGUGGAUAUGACGGCUUCAUCAUAAACAUGAGUACAAGAAACAAUCUCAGAUGUGGCAGAAAAAAUAAAGAUGAUCAAACUCAUAA